AGGAUGACACGACGACACGCUUUCACGUAUGAUGAGGCAUCGCUUCAAGAUUUGUUUUGACUGCCUGUCCACCUUUUUGAGCUAUUGGUCAAAAAUCAGCGGCCUUCAAGUCCAUUUAGUGGCAAACUGAGAAUUCUAUUUUUUAAAAAAAAGCCCCGGGAGAAAAUAACGGGCGAACCGCUUCUGAUUCCUUUGUGAAGCUUUUUUUUUUUUUUUUUGCUAAAAGAAAAAAAAAUCGACUUUUUUGCAAAUGAAAUGUUUUGUAUUGUACAAUAAUUUCUACCUAUUUUACGAAUAAACAUGUGGGGGAGGGGGCUAUUUUUCAUUUAUUUAUGUAUUUAUUUUGCAAAGUAGAAGUAAAAACAUGGUUCCAAGUCAAGAUAUGGACAUCUUUGAAAUCAUGAGAUCAACUGAAAAAGUGACGUACCUUGUCGUUGAACUUGAGAGGAAGUGACGUUUGUCAAGUGUGGACGGCCGUGUCCGUAUUUGUAAGAUCCCGUUCUGGGUUCUGCGCGGAAAUGAUCGAAAAGACAAAUCGAUUAACUAUCCAAAAGCGACACUUGUCAACACGACGUUAGCUUAAUCCCGUUUGUGGUGAGUGCUAAUCUUGGAACAACAAACGUGGUUCCGCGUGAACCGGCUCAAUUAGCAACCCAAGUGGAAAUAGAAUUCCGUCUGUCUUGAAGACGCUCCACGACAAACCGGGAACGCCGCUUUCCUAAACGGAGGCCCUCGCGAUGACAAUUGGUUUUGUUUGAGUGACGAAACAAGACGCUCCUUAAAUCGCUGUAAGUGUCCUUCGCCGAUGCUCACCGUAUUUUUACUUCAAGUGUUUCUGACGGCAACAUUUGCUGCUCGCGCUCAUUCUCAUUUGGUCUCGUGCGCUUGUGAGUACUUUGUACUUUUUAGUUUGUCGUUGUAGGGGCGCCGGGAUGACUGUCGUGUCGGCUUUUUUGCGAGCUCUGCGGCUGGACGCGCUCUUCGCCCGGGCUCGCCAGUAUCCGCUCGCCUACUGCCUGCUCGCCGCCAUAUUGGCCGCCACGAUCCUGCUCCACAGGUACCUGCACAUCCUGAUUGGCUUGUGGUCUUUCCUGGUGGGCGUGGUCACCUUCUAUUGGGCGCUGGAACCCGACUCGCUGCUCCCAAAUGUCUUGUUCGCUUGUAAAGCGCCACCUAAGCGUCAGGAACCAGAGUUGUUUCCUUCGGGUCGGAGCUGUGCAGUGUGCGGGAAGGUGAAAUGCACGCGGCAUCGCCCGACGCUGCUCCUGGAGAACUACCAGCCGUGGUUGGGCCUGGAGCUGCACUCCAAGGUGGACGCGUCCAUCGCAGAGGUGUUCGAGCUGGUCCUGGAGAACUUUGUGUAUCCGUGGUACCGGGAGAUGACGGACGACGAGGCGUGCGUGGACGAGCUGCGCUGGAGCUUUCGCUUCCUGGCGUCCGUGUUGGUCCGCCGAGCUCAGAAGGUGGACCUUCCCGCCGUCCUCGCCGACCGCGUGAUGAGGGCGGCCGUCAAGCACGUGGAGGUUCUGUCGAGGGCCCGCGCUCGAGUCCGUCAAGGCCGGACGCUGCAGCAGGCGGCUCUGGAGGAGUACGGCGGCGACCUCCACGUGGCCGUGCGCAGCCGCAAGGACGAGCUGCUCUACCUCAGGAAGCUCAGCGAGAUGCUCUUCCCGUACCUGAUGCCGCCGAAAGCCACCGACUGCAGGUCGCUGGCGCUCCUGCUGCGGGAGGUCGUGUCGGGUUCCGUCAUGCUGCCCACCAUGGACUUCAUGGCCGACCCGGACACUGUGAACUUGAUGGUGCUCAAGUUUGUCGACGACACGCCUCCCGAACCCGCCGCCGAAGCGCCGUCCGCUCGCGUUCCUUUCCUGCACAGAUACGCCGACUGCGGCGGGAACAAGCGCUCGGUUCUCAAGUUGGAGCUGAAGGAGAUCCGAGAGCAGCAGGACCUCCUGUUCCGCUUCAUGAACUUCCUCAAGCAGGAGGGCGCCGUGCACGUCCUUCAGUUCUGCCUGGCCGUGGAGGAGCUCAACGACAAGAUCCUGCGUCCGGAGCUGGCCGACUCGGAGCUGCGCCGUCUGCACGGCGAGGUGGCGCACAUCUACCGGACGUACUGCCUGGACGAGAGCAUCGACAAGAUCAAUUUGGACCACGCCGCGGUGGAUGACAUCAGGAAGGUGGCGGCCGGUCCGUACGGCGCCGUGGUCAAGCUGCGGACCAUGCGCUGCCUCUUCGAGGCCUACGAGCACGUCCUGUCGCUCCUGGAGGGCGUCUUCGCGCCCAUGUUCUGCCACAGCGACGAGUACUUCAGACACCUGCUGAAAGGAGCCGAGUCGCCGGCCAGGACCUUGCGAGCGGGCAGGAACGCCUCCAAGCGCGCCGAGUCGUUCGGCAUCGGCAGGAUCGGCAGUAAAAUCAAAGGCGUGUUCAGAAGCACCGCCGUGGACGGCGCCGUCUUGCCACCCGGGGCCAGGACGGACGCCGACGACGGUGCGGUGGAGGAGGCCACGGUGGUGACGGAGGACGACGUCCCCGCCGCCCCGGCCACGGCGGCGGCGGCGGGGAGCCUGAGGAGGCUGUCGUCCUGGACCAUCGCCAUCCCGUACGUGGACUUCUACGAGGAUGACGCCAAGAGGGAAAAGAUUCCCGUCUUCUGCAUCGACGUGGAGCGCAACGACAGGAAGGAAAUCGGACACGAUCCCGAGCGCUGGUCGGUCCACAGAAGAUACCUGGAGUUCUACGUGUUGGAGUCCAAACUGACAGAGUUCCACGGCGCUUUUGCCGACACGCAGCUGCCCCCAAAACGCAUCCUGGGACCCAAGAAUCACGAAUUCCUCACCUCCAAGAGGGAAGACUUUGAGGACUACUUACAGAAACUCCUGCGCUAUCCGGAGCUCAGCAACAGCCAGCUGCUGGUGGACUUCCUGUCUCCUCACGGCAUGGGCGCUCAGUUUGAGGACAGGAUGCUUCCCGACGUCAACUUGGGCAAAAUUUUCAAGUCCGUACCGGGGAAGUUGAUGAAGGAGAAAGGUCAGAACCUGGAGCCAUUCAUCCAGUCCUUCUUCAACUCUUGCGAGUCUCCCAGAGCCAAACCCGGCCGGCCCGAGCUGACCGUCCUCAGCCCGAGCGCCGACGCCAACAAGCGGCUCCUCAACCGGAUCUACAGGAACGACGCCGACACGGCGGCCAAGGCCGGGAGGCCGGAGGAGCGCGGCGACCGCUCGGCGGAGGCGGGCCUGCACGGCACGUACGACUACCUGAUGCACACGGGUCGGCUGCUGUUCCGCAUGCCGCGCUGGCUGGACGGCUUGCUGUCGGCGACCAGGAUCCUCCUGAAGAACACCUUCGAGGCCUACGUGGAGCGGCGCGUGCGCGCCAAGGUGGACGCCGUCCUGCAAGAGCACCGCCUCGUCUCGCUCAUCACGCAGCUACGAGACGCCGUCUUCUCCGAAAGCGCGGAGGAGCGCGGCGGCGCGGCCAAGGCGGCGCGAGCCAAGCGGACGUUGGAGGAGAUGACGGCCUAUCUGCCCGACGUGGUGGGGAAGUGCGUCGGCGAGGAGGCCAAGCGCGAGGGAGUCGGGCUCCUCUUCGAGGCUCUUCAGCAACCGCUCCUCAACAAGCAGAUGUCGUACGUGCUGUUGGACAUCGCCGUGCUGGAGCUCUUCCCCGAACUGCGCCGAUGAGCCGCGCCCGCCAAGAGUCGACGUGUGCAAAAAGCUUCGUCGG